AUGGGAACGCUACCGCCUGUUGUGCACAGCACAGCGAGGGCCAUCGCACCCCGCGAGUUCCUAGACGCCCUCCACGCAACAUGCAACCCCAGGUUCCCCUACGACCGUGGGCGCUCCCACAAGCCCAUCGCCCUCGCCAUCAGCGGCGGUGUCGACUCCAUGGCCCUGGCCUACCUCUCUACCAAGAUCAGGACGACCGAUCAUUGGUUCAAGGUGGCUGACCACCCCGUCAGCAACCCUGUCGCUUUUGUUGUCAACCAUGAUCUGCGGAAGGGCAUGGUUGAGGAAGUCGACCAGGUAAUCAAGGCCCUGAGAGGGCUCAAGAUCUUUGCCUAUGUUGCCAAAAUCGACUGGGCCCAGGUAUUGGGCAAGGGUGUGGAUCCCAACACGGUGCCCAACAUUGAGACUCUUGCACGUCAGCAGCGCUAUCGGAAAUUGGGCACCUUCGCCAGGAACUGCAAGACCAUGUCUUUGCUCACGGCCCAUCACGAAGAUGACCAGUAUGAGACCAUUCUCAUGAGGCUGCUUUCCGGCCAUGGAUAUCGCGGCUUGAGAGGGAUGCGCCCGGCAACAGACAUCCCCGAGUGUUACGAUAUGCAUGGCAUCUACCAGAGCGGCUUUAUCGAUGACCAGAGGAGUAAGCACCCUGUGUGGAAUAUUUACCCAAACAGGGCCGAAAGGACCAAGAUAUUGCGAGCCUUACGUGAUGAUUUCCACUUCGACUUGGCCACGUUUGCUGAGAAGGCGGAACCCAUGAUGUGGAGGACAGAUCUCAAGGACGCUUUUUCUGCCGACCAGGACUAUGACGAGUGGAUCGCCAGGAGCAACAAGCCUGCCCCUCCGCUGCCGACGAUGGACUUUGAGGAUGGGGGAGUCAUGGUAUAUCGGCCGCUGCUACACUUCUCCAAGGAUCGCUUGAUUGCCACCUGCUUGGAGAAUAACGUUCCGUGGUUUGAGGAUCACACCAACAAGGACCCGACGUUGACCAUGAGGAAUGCCGUGAGGCAGAUGUGGAAGAAUCACCGCUUGCCAGAGGCGCUUCAGAAGCCGGCGAUAUUGCGAUUGGCAGAACGGUGCAGGAAGAGAGUGGCUUUUGAGGAGGCUGAAGCAGAUCGCCUGCUGCAGAGUGCUCUGGUCCCUCAUUUUGAGCCCAGUACUGGCACGUUGGUGGUACAACUGCCGAAAUUCCGACUCCCACGAGUGUCAAGAUUAUCGUCAAAGUCACCCGAGGGUCGCCAGAAGCGGCUUGAUCACCAUCGCUACAUCGCCGCUCUCCUGCUUCGAAAGCUGAUUUCCAUGGUCACACCGGAAAGAGAGCUCAACCAAGCUGGCCAGCUAGAUCAUCUCGCAUCUAUGCUGUUCCCCUCCCUGGCACAAGAUGGCGUCGAGCCACCACCUCCCAAGCCGUACGUCAUCUGCGGCGUACAUUUUGUACCCAUGAUGGGCCCCAACAGCCAACCCUUCCGCUGGCUCCUGACCCGCGCGCCCUACGCUUCGAAUGUCCCACGGCCUCGUACCGGUUUUUGGGCGCCCAACAUCAGAGGAAGAUGGGGCAAAAAACCGCACCAGUGGAAGACAACCGGAUGGUCAGGCUUCAAGCUGUAUGACGGCCGGUACUGGAUCCGACUGCUCAGCAGGCUGCCAGGUAAUCUUCAUGUCAUGCCAUUUGAGGCGGAGCAUCAGAAGCCGUUCAAAGAUGCGCUUGAUGAGCAAAGCAAGAAUGACCUCGCGGCUAUGCUCAAGCGGUAUGCGCCUGGCAAGAUACGGUACACUCUCCCUGGAAUAUACUCCAGGGUUGAUGUUACGGGAGUAAUACAACGCGAUGAAUACUGGCCGGAUAUUGAGGAACUGGACAAGUAUGGGGCCUUGCGUAAGCGUAACGCUGAUGGCCAGUGGGAAAUCCGAGAGGAGGCUGUAGAGAACGAAGAGAGCAAGGAUGUUGAAAAGAAAAGCUCGGACACGGUGGAACAGGAGCUGCUACACUCGUCAGCCAGUAAACGAGCCAGGCUGUUGCAGGCCAAGGCCUGGGAGGAUGACAUUACGGAAAGAAGGACAGAUAAUCCGCCCCAGCUGUUGGCGCUACCAACGCUGGGAAUUCAUAUACCGGGCUUGGAAGACUGGCUGAGGUGGGAGAUUCGGUACAGGAAGCUUGAUCCAGAUAUGCUGCUCACGGUGAAGCGGAGGAAGUUCAUGCCAAAACGGAGGAAGGUCAGGAGUCAGAUUCGAAUAUCGUAUCGGCAUAUAUUGCUGUCGGGGUUGAUCAAGCUGAGGUACAGUAGACCAGUACGGCGCCGAGAGGUGCUGAAGUCAAAGUCAAAAUAG